AUGGCGUUACAUCCCUUUAACGACGAGCAAUUAAACUAUUUCAAAUUCGCUUCAGUUGCUUUGAAUGAUUUUCCUAAAGCAUUGCGUCAGACAUUCAGAUCUAUGUGGGACAACACUUUUGGACAUCGUCCUGGCUUUCAACCAUGGGAUGACUCCACUACUGCCAGAAACUUAUUUCUUGUAGAGGAAGGUGGCGCAACAAAAGUUCCAGUGCACCUCUCAUUCGAUGAAUGGGAUUGUACUGCCCUGUUUCAGGCCACCCUCUAUGCCCAGUCAUUCAGUUUACCAGAUAGCAGAGGUCAUCACAGGACACUUGCUGAAUUGUACGUUAAACCUCGCAAGUUAGCACAUGGAACUUUUCAUGCUUCGGUGUUCAGCUCAAGGGGAGACAAUGCUGAAACGUUAGCACUCGCUAUUGAUCAAUUGCGACUUUUAAGAAAUUCACUUUGUCACUUGCACAGCUCUGAAAUUAGUAAAGUUACAUUCGAUCAGUACAUUCAAUACUCCAAAGAUGCAUUUGCUGCCCUUGGCGCUAACUCAAGCCAACUGAAUGUUAUAGGAAGUUUAUCAGAGUCGGACUUUCCCACACAAAGAGUUCAGGAACUGCAGAAAAGUAUCAAAGAAGAGAAUCAUGCAUAUGUAAGAUUUCUCGAGGACGCCAUGAGUUUAGGUAUAGACACUAUCCAAGAGAAUGCUGCUGCAACCAGGAAAGACAUCGCUGAGUUGAGACAAGAGAUAGCAGCUAUGCAUGUCGUGAUCAACAUUGAGAGCAUCACACGAACACGAGCGGGAAGAGACCAACCGUACAGGAGGUCACAAGUACCUGAUGCUACCCCUAAAUCUCCAACGACACAUACUGAUCAAGCCCGAAGACCAGCAGAGAGGGUGGAGUAUUUUUUCGACUGUCCAGCAGAGCUUCAACAAAAUGUCUUAGAUCACUCUACAGAGAUUCAGAUCUGGGAUGUCAUUUUGUCCUUUAAGAAAGCUUUUGAAGUAUUCUUACAAUAUUUGACUCGUAAACUUAAUGUCCGUGUACGAAGCCAUGAUAGGGGAAGUUUGAUAAUCACAGUUGAAUGCAGCUCUUUGCAGAUCCUUGAAGGACUAUGGGCAGACUACCGCAGUGGCCUUCUUAAUAAUGUGGCUCAAGAAAUGCUUGUGAGAUCGGAGGUUUUGGUGGAGCUUGACUGUGCUGAAAUAAAGCUUAAAACCCUUAUUUCUGAGAAGGAAUACGAAGAAGGAAAACAAAUCUUCAAGAGUAACUCAACUUUUCAGUCUGAACUGCGUGCAAGUGAUAUCAUGCGGAAACGGCCAAGAAGAAAAGACUCAGAGAAAGCUGACACUUACCAUUUACUUGGAUGCAAGCAAUAUAUGUCAGAAGACUUUACCUCCGCGCUUCGGUCUUUUCACGGUGCGCUUGCCAUCGGACGGAAACUGUAUGGAGAGGAACACUCAGGCACAGCUGACAGUUACCAACUAAUCGGGUGCACGCAAAAUGAGUUGGGAGACUUCACUUCAGCACUCCAAUCUGCAAAGCGUGCACUUGAUAUCAAACGGAGGCUCUUUGGAGAAGAACACCCCGACACAGCUGACUGUUACCACCUUCUUGGGUGGACCCAACAUGAGUUACACGACUUUGCCUCAGCUCUUCAAUCUGCACAGAGAGCGCUUUGUAUAAGACGAAAGAUUUUUGGAGAGGUUCGAUCAAGCACAGCGUACAGUUACCAUUUACUUGGUUGGACCCAGCACGAGAUGAAAAACUUUCCCUCGGCUCUUCAGUCUGCACUGCGUGCGCUUCACAUCAGACGAACAAUUUUUGGAGAAAACCACAUAAGGACUGCAGACAGUUAUUAUCUUCUUGGAUGGACGCAAUAUGAGUUAAGCUGUUUUAACGCAGCGAUGCAGUCUGCAUGGCGUGCGCUUUACAUUAGACGGAGGCUACUUGGGGAAGAACACCCAGACACAGCUGACAGUCAGCGGUUAUUCAGGUUGACGGGAUGUAUGUUACGCGAAUUUACCAGCGCUCCAAUUCACCCUGAGGAGUAUGCGUUUGCAGAAGAAAAUUCAAAAACAGCCGACCUCAAGCCUCCUUUGCAGUCUGUAGAGCAUGGUUUAAUCCGGUGGCCAAUUGAGCCAAUAGAUUCAUUUUUUUAUUACUAG